CUGCUUCAGUCAGAAGGAUUCAUGCAUGUGUAAAACAGUGAACGGUGAACAGUGAAAACGCUAUGUGAUUGUCAUCUGGGAGAUUGGAAUCAACAUGUCUACGAGUUUUACCACAGGUGGCAACUUCUUUGUGUCCACCACUGCAGCUUCCAGCACAAGUCUCAGCGUGGGUGCUGCUGACAUUGCUGUUGUUGUGGUCUACUUUAUCAUUGUCAUGGUGGUUGGAAUCUGGGCAUCGAUGCGUGCCAAUCGUGGCACUGUGGGGGGGUACUUUCUGGCUGGUCGUUCGGUGACUUGGUGGCCAAUUGGAGCCUCUCUGAUGUCCAGUAAUGUUGGCAGUGGUUUGUUUAUUGGCCUAGCAGGGACAGGAGCAGCUGGAGGAAUUGCUGUUGGGGGAUUUGAAUGGAAUGCAGCAUGGGUCCUGGUGGCUCUGGGGUGGAUAUUUAUCCCAGUUUACAUUUCUGCUGGUGUGGUGACAAUGCCCGAAUACCUGGCCAAACGUUUUGGAGGCCAGAGGAUACGCAUAUACAUGUCUGUUCUGUCCCUUAUUCUCUACAUCUUCACCAAAAUAUCAACAGAUAUUUUUUCUGGGGCAUUGUUUAUUCAGAUGUCCAUAGGCUGGAAUCUGUAUCUGUCCACAGGGAUACUGUUGUUGGUGACUGCUGUCUACACUGUGGCAGGUGGUUUGGCAGCAGUGAUCUACACUGAUGCACUCCAGACUGUGAUCAUGGUUGGGGGAGCUUUUGCCCUAAUGUUCAUAGCAUUCUCCAAAGUGGGCUGGUAUGAGGGCCUUGUGGAUCGUUACAUGUCAAGUGUCCCCUCUGUGACUGUUGCCAACACCACCUGCCACUUACCUCGGAAUGAUGCCUUUCACAUGUUCAGAGACCCCAUAUCAGGGGAUUUACCCUGGCCAGGUCUAGUGUUUGGGCUCACUGUACUGGCUACAUGGGUCUGGUGCACAGAUCAGGUUAUAGUCCAAAGGUCUCUGUCAGCCAAAUCUUUAUCUCAUGCUAAAGCAGGCAGUGUGUUAGGAGGCUAUCUCAAACUACUACCCAUGUUCUUCAUUGUGAUGCCAGGCAUGAUAAGUCGAGCGCUAUUCCCAGAUGAGGUUGGUUGUGUGGAUCCAGCAAUAUGUCAAAGUGUGUGUGGUGCUUCAGUUGGUUGCGCUAACAUUGCUUACCCUAAACUAGUAGUAGAGCUAAUGCCUGUGGGACUUCGUGGUCUCAUGCUGGCAGUAAUGUUAGCUGCUCUUAUGUCAUCUCUGACCUCCAUCUUUAACAGCAGCGCCACUCUGUUUACACUGGACCUUUAUCACAAAGCCAGGCCCAGAGCUUCUGAGAAGGAACUUAUGAUAGUUGGAAGGGUGUUCAUCCUUGUCUUGGUGUGUCUUAGUCUGUUGUGGAUUCCUGUUGUCCAGACAGCCAAUAGUGGACAGCUGUUUGACUAUAUUCAGUCAGUGACCAGCUUUUUAGCACCUCCCAUUACUGCUGUAUUCCUAAUGGCUAUCUUUUGGCCACGUGUCAACGAGCAGGGUGCAUUCUGGGGUCUGGUGACUGGACUAUUGCUAGGACUGAUCCGCAUGGUACUGGAGUUCUCCUAUAUGCCGCCUUCCUGUGGCCAGCCUGAUCAUCGGCCUGCUAUCCUAACUGAUGUCCACUACUUAUACUUUGCUCUCAUCUUAUUAGCUCUCACGUGCCUUAUCAUUGUUGUAGUCAGCCUGGCCACUACCCCAAUACCUAAAGAACAUCUCUAUAGGCUGACCUGGUGGUCCAGACAUAGCCUCGAGCCUCAAACGGACCACUCAAGUCUUCAGAUCACCACUGACCCAGUCGACUGUGACCUCAGGUCUGACUCUGAUCGCUUGCCAGAAUCCAGUUGUAAAAAAAUUGUUCUGUGGCUCUGUGGUUUGACUAGUUCACAGACUCAGUCUGCACCUCCAGUGAUUCAGAACAGUGAAACAAACUUCCUCCAGGAGAAGCCACUCUGGAAAGGCAUCUGCAAUGUUAAUGCUCUGCUAUUGCUGGCUGUUAAUGUGUUUCUCUGGGGAUACUUUGCUUAAUGUCCAGGUUUCAUGAAAUCUUCAACAAGUUAUUGCUUUUCCUUACUUAUCUAUUUUUGGUUACUUUACUAUUCUAAACUAAAUGUAUUCAGGAAACAAAAAGUGGUACCAAAAAGAGAUUCUCAGAUAUUUAUGAAAUAAUAACUCAUUCUUUAGUGAUUCAUAAAUGUAUUGUGUUCAAGCUUUCUCUCAAUAAUCUACUAUACAGUUUACUGUAGUAUAUAGUAAGAUUUCAACAUCCAGGUUUGAAAGAAAAGUUCUAUGCUAUAAAUUACUUACCUUCUUGUGUAACAACAUGUAAUUUUAUUUGAAUGCUAGCAAGUCCUAGCUCAUCUAAUGUGUAACUGUGUACUGUCAGGUGAAAAUAGGCUUAUUGUCAGACAAAAUAUAAAUAAUGACUUUGCCCAUAUUCUAUGGGUAAUAAUCCAAACUUAAGCUAUUAAGAGCAGGAAUCAAUACAUUAUCCCUUGAGUCUUUCUAAACUUGGGAUCUGCAUCUUGGUUGAGAGCUGGUUAGUGUAGGAUACUGAACCGCAAGUGUGGUCUCUUAAAAGGCAUUUAAUAAAGAAUGAAAUGACUGAGAAAUUAUGGGUAUU